CCAGAGUCCCAGGAUCUUAGGGACAUCACCUCUUUCACCCUGACUCUGGAUCGGCGCCCACCUGCCUGCUCUGUGGGCGCCCAACCCUUUCUCACUUCCUGGGCACGAUGCCCGGUUGAAGGGACAGUGCCUGGCGAGCUGGGAGGGGGGACGAGGGCGGGACCUCGGCCACUUCUUCCCUCCCUUAGAGUCACAAUCAAAAGCUUGGGUGAGGACAAACAGACCGCGGUGGGUCGAGCCCUACAAAACUCGCCCCAGUGGGCCAGCAAGCAAGGCGAGCUUCACGGCAGGGCCUCCCCAAUCUGUGUCCCUCAGGGGACACGGAGGCCUGAAAGCCCGUGGGUCCGGUGGAUCCCUGGACACACUAGGACUCAGGACCAACGCCCAUCAUGCACGCAGAGACUGCUCCAAGGUUGCAGGCGCUCCUGCUGCCUAUCCUGCUACUGCUCCUGGCCACACCACCUGUGGUUAGCAAGGGCUGCGUCUGCAAAGGCAAGGGCCAGUGCUUCUGCAUGGGGACCAAAGGGGAAAAGGGGGAGAAAGGCUAUCCUGGGCCCCCUGGUUUUCCUGGCCAGAAAGGAUUUCCAGGUCCUGAAGGCUUGCCUGGACCACAGGGACCUAAGGGCUCUCUCGGACUUCCGGGACUCACUGGCCCCAAAGGCAUCAGGGGGAUAACUGGAUUACCAGGAUUUUCAGGUCCUCCUGGACUUCCAGGCAUCCCAGGCCACCCUGGACCUCAUGGGCUGGCUGGUUUACCAGGAUGCAAUGGUUCUAAGGGUGAACAAGGAUUCCCAGGCAUUCCGGGGACACCAGGCUAUUCAGGGCUCCCAGGUCCUCCUGGUUUGAAAGGACAAAAGGGUGAGCCUGCUCAAGGAGAAGACAGAGAAUUCAAUGGAAAAGGUGACCCUGGGCCACCUGGGCCGCCAGGCUUCCAGGGUUUUCCAGGCCCCCCAGGUUUUCCAGGGCCUGCUGGUCCACCGGGUCCUCCGGGAGUUUUUGGUUUUCCAGGCGCUGUGGGACCCAGAGGACCAAAAGGUCAUAUGGGCGAUAACGCGAUAGGAGAAAAAGGCGAAAGGGGUGUGAAAGGAUUAACAGGACCUCCUGGGCUGCAAGGAACAGUGAUUGUUACACUCAUCCGACCCCCGUACAACAAAUCGGAUUUCGAGGGGGAGAAAGGAGACAAGGGAGAGAUGGGUGAACCUGGACGUCCUGGACCUCCGGGGCCACCUGGAGACUCCUACGGAUCAGAAAAGGGUGUGCCUGGAGAGCCUGGUCCAAGGGGAAAACCUGGAAAAGAUGGUGCUCCUGGCUUUCCUGGCACUCAGGGAGCCAAGGGCAACAGGGGCCUUCCUGGGCUAAUGGGUGAAGCUGGCAUUAAGGGAUGGAAAGGAGACUUUGGCCCUCCAGGAUUUCCUGGUCCAACAGAAUAUUAUGAUGCAUACCUGGAAAAGGGAGACAGAGGAAUGCCAGGCCCACCUGGGCCCAAAGGUGCUCGUGGUCCACAGGGUCCUAGUGGUCCCCCUGGAGUUCCUGGAAGUCCUGGAAUGUCAAGGCCUGGCCUCAGAGGACCCCCUGGAUGGCCAGGCCAGAAAGGAAGGAAAGGGGAAAGAGGACCCCCUGGAAAAGACACUAUGGGCCCUCCUGGACCCCUGGGCUGCCCUGGUUUCCCAGGUCCACCAGGCCCACCAGGACCUCCCGGACGUCCAGGUGACGUUGUUUUUCACCCAGGUCCACCUGGUGACCACGGAGUGCCAGGCAAUAUAGGACCUCCAGGAGACCCAGGAAUUGAUGGGCCCAAAGGAGAACCAGGCCUCCCGUGCACGCAGUGCCCUUGCAUCCCAGGGCCCCCUGGUCCCCCUGGAUUGCCAGGAUUAGAUGGUGUCAAAGGAAUCCCAGGAGAACGAGGUGCACCUGGUAUGAAAGGAAACCCGGGGUCCCCUGGAAGCACAGGUCUCCCAGGAUUUCCAGGAUUCCCAGGUGACCAAGGGCAUCCAGGACUGAAAGGAAGCAAAGGGGAAACACCUCUACCCUGGGGGCAAGUGGGUGACCCAGGCGAUCCUGGGCGCAGAGGUCAGCCAGGGAGAAAGGGCUUCGAUGGAACUCCCGGAAGUCCAGGAGCAAAAGGAUCUCCAGGACCUAGGGGGGAACCGGCCCUGAGUGGAAGGAAAGGAGACCAGGGACCUCCAGGGGCUCCUGGACCCCCGGGGCCCCCAGGACCUGCAGGACCAGCUGGACCACCGGGCUAUGGACCUCAAGGAGAAACAGGUCCAAAGGGAACGCAAGGAGCUCCUGGAGCCCCGGGACCACCUGGAGAAGCCGGUCCUAAAGGAGAACCUGGUAUGUCAACACCAGUUCCAGGUCCCCCAGGACCUCCAGGGCCUCCUGGUCAGGCUGGCCGCCGAGGUCUGCCUGGUUUGCCUGGACCUGUGGGAAAAUGUGAUCCUGGUCUUCCCGGACCUGAUGGUGAACCAGGAAUCCCAGGAAUUGGAUUUCCUGGGCCUCCAGGACCUAAGGGAGAUCAAGGUUUCCCAGGAACAAAAGGAUCACCUGGUCGUCCUGGGGAAAGGGGAAAGCCAGGCCAUCCUGGAGAGCCAGGACAACCAGGAGCCAAGGGAGAACCAGGAGUAGGCACACCCGGAGAACCAGGAAAACCUGGCUUUCCAGGAGAAAGAGGCGAUCCCGGGGAAAAUGGAGAAAUUGGACUCCCCGGAUUUCCAGGCCUCCCUGGAACUCCAGGAAAAGAUGGUCUUGAUGGGCCUCCAGGAGACCCAGGGCAGCCUGGACCACCUGGAGCAAAAGGGCUCCCAGGGAGGUGUACCCAGGGACCCAGGGGUGCCCAAGGACUUCCGGGCUUAAAUGGAUUGAAAGGGCAACCAGGUAGAAGAGGUGAUGCAGGGCCAAAGGGAGACCCUGGCAUCCCAGGCUUGGACAGAUCAGGAGUCCCUGGAGAACCUGGGCCACCAGGAAUGCCAGGUCAUCCAGGUGAGAUGGGACCACCGGGCCAAAAAGGAUAUCCAGGAACUCCAGGAUUCCCAGGGCAGCCAGGCGAGAAAGGAGAGCUUGGGAUGAUGGGCUAUCCUGGAACCACUGGCCCUCCAGGGCCUCCUGGGAAACCAGGUUCACAGGGGCAGAGAGGUAGCCUUGGAAUCCCAGGAAUAAAAGGCGAAAGAGGACGCCCAGGAGCCAAAGGUGAACGAGGAGAGAAGGGGAUUCCUGGGCCUUCCCAACUUCCAUACUUAAAAGGGGACAAAGGAGAAGCUGGGCUCAAAGGAUUUGUAGGAAAUCCUGGUGAAAAAGGAAACAGAGGCAUUCCAGGGUUACCAGGUCAGAAAGGCCUCGCAGGACUGCCUGGGCUACCAGGCACUCCAGGCCCUAGAGGAGAUAUGGGAAGCAGUGGGAAUCCUGGAGGACCAGGACCAGUCGGCAUGCCAGGAAGCAUGGGGAACAUGGGUGUGCCAGGCCCUAAAGGGAAAAAAGGAACUUUGGGACUUCCGGGUCUACCUGGAAGACCAGGCCUUCCGGGGAUUCAUGGUCCCCAAGGAGAUAAAGGGGAGCAAGGUCAUUCAGAAGGUGCAAGGCCAGGACCACCAGGACCAAAGGGCGAACCAGGACCGCCGGGCGUCAAAGGAACGAAAGGAGAAAGAGGCCCGCCUGGGCCACCUGGACAACCGGGGCCUGCCGGACCUGACGGAGCCCCUGGGAGUCCUGGGAGUCCUGGCCACCCAGGGAAGCCGGGUCCUGAUGGUGAUUUGGGUCUUAAAGGAAUGAAAGGCUUCCCAGGCCCUCCAGGAAGCACUGGCCCUCCAGGCCCUCCAGGACUUCCAGGACUUCCUGGAUCAAUGGGUAUGAGAGGUAACCAAGGACAUGACGGAAUUCCUGGUCCUCCUGGAGAAAAGGGAGAAACAGGCUUACUGGGGGCCCAUCCAGGCCCAAAAGGAAGCCCUGGUGUUCCAGGUAUCAAAGGAGACAAAGGAGCUUCCGGCUUGCCUGGCCUCCCUGGCAGGAAGGGGUCCAUGGGAGAUGCUGGACCUCGAGGACCCCCCGGCAUCAGUGGGCUCCCAGGACCACCAGGUCUACCUGGGGCAAUUGUCCCUGGCCCAAAAGGAAACAGAGGUCUUCCUGGCCCAAGAGGAAGUCCAGGGAAGCCAGGGCCCCCUGGACCUCCAGGACUUAUCGUAAAAGGCAUAAAAGGUGACAAAGGAUUUAUGGGCCUACCUGGCCCCAAAGGUCUACCUGGAACUGUAGGCGACAUGGGCCCACCAGGUCACCCGGGACCACCAGGUACCCCAGGUCUUCCAGGUCUCAGAGGUGAUCCGGGAUUCCCUGGAUUUCCGGGCAUAAAAGGAGAAAAAGGUAAUCAAGGAUUUCCUGGAUCAAUUGGACAUCCAGGACCAGUUGGGCCAAAAGGACCGCCUGGUGGACGUGGAAAACCUGGCACACUUAAGAUCAUCUCCCUUCCAGGAAGCCCAGGGCCGCCUGGUCCACCUGGACAGCCAGGAAUGAAAGGAGAUCCUGGGCCACUGGGACCACCUGGAAACCCAGGGCCCUGUGGACCAAAAGGUAAACCAGGCAAGGAUGGAAAACCAGGAUCUCCAGGGCCAGCUGGUGAAAAGGGCAACCAAGGCUCUAAAGGCCAACAAGGACCACCUGGACUGAACGGAUUACCAGGCUUAAAGGGAAAACCUGGAGACAGGGGAACAGCUGCCUCUGGGACAAGAAUGCAAGGGUUUGUCUUCACCCGACACAGUCAAACCACAGCUGCUCCUUCCUGUCCCGAAGGAACACAGGCACUCUAUAGCGGGUUUUCUCUUCUUUUUGUACAAGGCAACGAACGUGCGCAUGGACAAGACCUUGGCACUCUGGGCAGCUGCCUGCAGCGAUUCACCACAAUGCCAUUCUUAUUCUGUAACAUCAAUAAUGUAUGUAAUUUUGCAUCACGGAAUGAUUAUUCAUACUGGCUGUCAACACCAGCUCUGAUGCCAAUGAACAUGGCUCCAAUUACUGGCAGAGCUCUCGAACCUUAUAUUAGCAGAUGUACCGUCUGUGAAGGUCCUGCGAUGGCCAUAGCUCUUCACAGCCAAACCACUGCUAUCCCUCCAUGUCCCCAUGGCUGGGUUUCUCUCUGGAAAGGUUUUUCCUUCGUUAUGUUCACAAGUGCAGGCUCUGAGGGUGCUGGGCAAGCACUGGCAUCACCUGGCUCCUGCCUGGAGGAAUUCCGAGCCAGUCCGUUUAUAGAAUGCCAUGGACGGGGAACCUGUAACUACUACUCAAACUCCUAUAGUUUCUGGCUGGCUUCAUUAAACCCAGAAAGAAUGUUCAGAAAACCUAUUCCAUCUACUGUGAAAGCUGGAGAUUUAGAAAAAAUCAUAAGCCGCUGUCAGGUGUGCAUGAAGAAAAGACACUGAAGAAAUCAAAGAAAAUAGAACCACUUUGUUUCCCUCUUAAAUAACCAAGUCUUGACUCAGUACAAGCAUUUCUUUAGGUCUUUUUUCUCUAACCUUACAGUGUUGUUCGAUGAAGAUUUGGUAGUGCCAAGUUUCACCACAGCAGAAAGCAUUUCACUCAAGUUAAUCUGUGCUGUGGGUCUCUAAAUAUGUGUGGUUUCAAAGUUCCCUGUGGGAAGGCAACAGCUUUCCACAAAACAUCACUGAAAUCACAUUCCACUUGUACCCAAAGCGCUGACUAAAUGAUGCCUGUGUGGAACUUGAACUACAAGCUAAGAGAGAUUUGGUCCAGUGAUGUACAAUGUGUUCCUUGUCUCCCACUCUUGAUCUAAGGUGUUUGGUUUCUUUCCACCUCCUUCCUGAGCCCUAGAGCUAGAGAAGGAGAUGGGGGCACACCAUGACAAGACCUGGAUAGUCAGGCCUGUUGAGUGGUACAGGGCCCAAGAACACAGGAUGAAUGAGGCUCAAGAUGAUCCAGGACUCAUUUAAAUAUGCCCAAACCUAGGACCAAAGGAAACCUCCUCAAGGGAAUCCUAACAGGCUUGGAUAUAAAGUAUUGUUUUAUUUUCUGUUUUGUUGAUGAUGUCUAUGUGCUUGUUCACUGAGCUGAUUUUACUAUGUCAAUAGAUUGAAAGGGGGUAAAAUGUUUACUCUUAGGGGAUUAAUUUUUACUAGGAUGUUAUACACAUACAUGGAAACAUUUCUCUUCACUGUUUUCAAUGUACUCACAAGUAACAAGGACACUACUUACUAGGUGUGCACUUUAUCCCCAUUCCUACAAAUACCAACCUUAAAGAAUUUCACCAGUAGUUCAAUAACCCAGGAAAGAAUGAGAGGCACUCGCUGGUUUAUCAGACUCCAAACAUUUUUCUUUGAUCUAAAUAGUUUAUAACAUGGUUUUACAGAUUUUUUACCUUUGUUACUUUUCAAACUUUUCCUUUGGAAAACAUCACACACACACACACACACACACACACACAUGUUUUUAUGUUAUAUAUUCUCACCAACCAUGUGGAGAGAGACCACUGGGUGAAAACCUUACUGUACACAGCUGCUAUAUGUCUUAAAACUUGUUUUUAAGUAUAUUGAUACAUUCCCAAGUUUACCUAAUUCAGGCUAACAAGUAUUUUCUUCAGUACCAAGCUAUGUCCCAUAUACUGUGCUGGGGGCGAGGGUGGGAGGUAGUGAGAGAGCCUUGCUUCUGAUCUAAUCUCAGAGAAGGCAACAUAUUCCUUGUGUAAAGACUCUCAUACAUGCAAGACCUCCCCUACACACACACACACACACACAAUAUUUGAAAAAUAUUAAGAAAACAGCAACGUUUUUACAAAUCCAAUAGUUGUGACACUACUUGAUGACUCUUAGAGGCCAGGCAUUAUGAGGCAACGCUUACAUUUCUUGAUCCACUGAGGUGGAAUUGAUGGUGCUGAUAUUUCCGUUCAGGCUGGUGCUGUAUCUCAACUACUUUGUAUUGGAAAAUGUGACCCAAGAACACAGACAAGGGUUGACAUCCUUCCCCACUCCCGUGACUGCUGCCAAGACAUUUUUAUACCUGAACCAAGACGUGCAACAUCUCAUUUCCAUUAUGUAUUUCACCUAGUUUUCCUACUCAAAAACCAUCCUGCUGCCCUAGCUACAUUCUUGAAGUAAAAAGAAGGAACUAAUCUUGACCAGUGGGGUCUCUGAGUAGUAGCAGCAGCAGCAGCAGCCAGGUGCUUGUUAUAAAUGCCAUAAUAUGCCAAUUCCAUAAUAUUCUAAACCUGCAAAAUUAGAAACUGUAGUCGGAAACCAGAAAUCUGUGUUUCGUUUUGAUGAGAGCCCAAGCUGGCCCCCCCAAAUCAUCACAAUUUUUCUGUCUGCAUUUUGUUAUAGAAGUUUUCCCCCUGACUCUGGUGCACGCUACUCUCCAGGCAAACACCCAAGAAACUGGCCACAGUCCUUUCACCCUUGCCUCUUUUAAAAAUCCACAGGUGACUUUCAGGGUAAUCUAUUUUACCACCAGACUGGUGCUGAUGGCCAACGGCUGCCCUUCAUUUGCCCCCUAGGCCUCUUUUUUUCCCUCUUGUACUCUUACCAGUAUUUAACUUCUGGGGAAAGACAGGUGAUACUGAAUGCUUAAAUCCCAAUGAAUCCAUUAUCAACAGUUACUCAGUCACACUUCCAAGGGUGAGCAUUAAAAUACAGCCCAUGCAUAUUACUUCCCAGAUGUUUAUAAGUACAUUAUAAAGUUAUAAUGAACUUCAUAUGUGGCUGGAGAAAUGGCUCCAUGAUUAAGGAUGCUGGCUGCUCUGCUGAGGACCAGAGUACACUUCCCAACACCCAGGUCAGGUAGCUUACGUUGUAACUGUAACUCCAGCUCAGAGAUCCAGCUGGCCUACAGGGACACCCACACAUAGGUGGCAUUCACUCGAACAGCCACAGCCACAUAAACAAAAAUAAAUAAGCAUUUUUUAACUUGAUUCACAAAACGUUUGUUUUAAAAUUGGUGCUUCAACUUCAGAAUUUCAGUGUGCUAAAACAACAACCAACUUGUCAACUGCUUGUUUUUGCAAGCUAAACAUUAUUAAUUUAUUUAUAAAAGUAUUAAAAAUGUUUAAAUUUGAGUUUUAUUGCUAAUUUUACAAAGUUUUCUAUAUUUCAAAUGUAACUUACUACCACUACACUUAAUUUAAUAUUUUCUCUAUAACCAAGUUAAAUUUAUUUAAAAUAUACUGAAUAUUUUAUGUUGUUAUAUCUUGACAAAAUUAUGAUAUAUUACAAUGUACUAAUAUUUCUGUGGCUAUAACUAA